AUGUGCAUUCUGUUUGUCUAUGCCUUCAUAAUCACAGAGAUCGUUCUGGUUUACGGAUCACAAUCUCAGGGUCCCUUCCGAACUGUGUCGAACAACCAUAGGUUCUACGAUGUACAGGCUCAUCGCGGAGGAAGAGGAAAUGUUGUCGAGAGCACUCUGCCGAGCUUUGCAUGGGGCCUCAUCGACGGCGCCACCACGCUUGAACUAGAUAAUGGCAUUACUCAGGACGGCGAAGUCGUUGUAUGGCACGACGAAAGCAUAACAGCAGAAAAGUGCUCUGACACAGCGCCAGUGGUUCCAGAUGAUCCCGCAUACCCUUAUGUUGGAAAGUAUAUAACCAAUCUCACUUUGGCUCAGGUCAAGACCCUCGAUUGCGGAUCAAAGCGCCAAACAAAUUACCCUCACCAACUUGUAUAUCCUGGAGCACGGAUAUCCACUCUUCGGGAGGUCUUCGAUUUCGCGGCCUGCGCAGAUCUUUCGCACCAGAUCCUUUGGAACAUCGAGUCAAAAAUCAAUGCUCAAUAUCCAAAUCGAACUGCUGGCGUAGAUGAUUUUGUCCAGAAGCAACACGAGAUCUUUGUCUCUAGCCCAUAUUACCAAUCUAUUACCUAUCAAAGUUUUGACUGGCGAACUCUAGUGGCCAUGAAGAAUUUGGACAAUAAAAUUGUAACUUCUGCUCUUAUCGAUGAGGACACUGCUUUUACGCCAGGUAAUUCGACUUCCCCAUGGUUGGCUGGCCUAAGCCUGGAAUCAUUCCCCGGUCCAUCACUGUCCGAACAGAUGGCACAAGCUGCUCACGCUGUACAGGCGGACAUUUUAUCUCCUACUGGAACAUUUCUCAUGCCCUUUUCAUCCUAUGAGGAAUCCUCUCACUUCACAACUCCUGAAAUGAUUAGCGAAGCUCACAGGCUCGGCAUGAAAGUUAUACCUUGGACUGUGAAUCGCUUGGACAGGGUUGAAGAGCUCAUCAAGGAUGGCGUGGAUGGUAUUAUUACGGAUUACCCAAAUGUUGUUAGGCGGUGGGCUAAACAACAAGGACAUCUGGUGGCACCUAAAUAUCCUAAACAACGCGUCUUCUCCUGCUUACACCAGCAUAUGCAUUAG